AUGACAGCUGCGUGGCACAAGAACAGGACGCAAUUCAUCCAGGCGAAGUUAUCGCUGCAUUGGUGCACCUGGAAAGUGGCAGCUGCGCAAUUUGACCCAUGUUCAGAGCCCCGGCUCGUGGUGCAACUUACACGAAGUCAUUCACAAUUCUGUACAACAAGUCCACCUCGACCGGGCUCGAAUUUGUCAACCUCCACAAGCAUAGCGGAUGCAGGACUCGUACAUGCAUAUUCAUCGCCCUGUUCUUAUGACAAACAAUUUAAAUGAGCACCGUACGAUCACGAGCUCUCUAACACUAGUGCCAACAACACCUCAUACUCUCCUCCACAU